AUGGACGGAACAGGACCUACGGAGUCGCAGUGGCUCUCCCAACUCACAGCAAUGCGCGAGGCGAUUGCAUCGUUGAAGCUCCCAAAGGACCCCGCCACUGAACACUUCAGCUAUGGAAACGAUUUAGAUUUGGAUCUUGACGAUGACUACUCUUCACCAGGAACUGUGGAUGAUAUCUGGGAUAUUAUCAGCUCCGAUGACGAAACCACCGAUGACCUCGACGACAUCAACGGCGUCCCUCUCCCUUCGGCCCCGUCAACCUCUUUCUACGACCAAGCAUGGCUGGAGCAGAAAUGCCAGGCCAUCGCCCUCCAGAAACCCGGAAUGAGCGCGCAAGAGCUAGCCCAGCAGAUCACGGCUUCACUAGCCACCGACAGCGGAGAUGACGAGCUGCAGAUGUCGCUGGCCGAAAUUGUUGGGUUCGACGAUCUGGACUUCGUCAUUGAAUUGAUCGGACACCGAGCGGAGAUCCUCGCUUCCGUGACCUCGAAGACGGAAGCCCAGACGGAUGGCCUCAUGGCGGGAAAGUUACAAACGAGGGCCGAGCGGGAACAGGCGUUGCGGCAGCAGGACUUUGAGCAUAAGCAUGCGCCGUUAUUACCUACUCAGUCGAGAUCUGAACCCCGGUACCCGCAUGUCUUCAAGACGCACGAUUCCAGGAAUACGCUCGCGCUGGGUGGGAAGAGAUACGGGCUCCCUGUGGGUAGCAAGCAGAUUGAUGAGCAGCGGUACACCGAGUUUGAGAUUCCGGCGUCGAGGGUGGGCACGCUGGCGUCGUCGCAGAAAUUGAUUGAGAUCAAGUCGCUGGAUGGACUGUGUCGGGGUACCUUCAAGGGCUACAAGACUCUGAAUCGGAUGCAGAGUCUGCUCUAUGAUGUGGCCUACAAAACCAGUGAAAACAUGCUCAUUUGUGCACCAACUGGUGCUGGUAAAACUGAUGCUGCCAUGCUGACGAUCCUUAAUACAAUUGGCAAGAAUACAGUGCCGAACCCUAUUGAACAGCCCGAUGCUACGGAGUUUGCAGUACAGGUGGACGACUUCAAGAUUGUCUAUGUGGCGCCGAUGAAGGCCUUGGCCGCGGAGGUCACUGAGAAACUCGGGAAAAGACUUGCAUGGCUUGGUAUCCGAGUCAGGGAAUUGACUGGGGAUAUGCAACUCACGAAGCGCGAGAUUGUCGAAACGCAGAUUAUUGUCACGACUCCUGAGAAGUGGGAUGUCGUCACCCGGAAGAGCACAGGAGACACGGAGCUCGUGCAGAAAGUGCGCCUCUUGAUCAUCGAUGAGGUCCACAUGCUUCAUGAUGAACGCGGUGCCGUCAUAGAAUCUCUGGUUGCGCGAACGCAGCGACAGGUCGAAAGUACACAGUCGCUCAUUCGUAUAGUUGGUCUUUCCGCUACGCUGCCAAAUUAUGUCGACGUAGCCGACUUUCUGAAAGUGAACAAAAUGGCUGGAUUGUUCUUCUUUGAUGCGUCGUUUAGGCCAGUCCCUCUCGAACAGCAUUUCAUCGGUGUGAAAGGAAAAGCAGGCUCGAAACAAUCCCGCGAAAAUCUUGACAUCGUGGCAUUCGAGAAAGUGCGUGAGAUGCUCGAGCGAGGGCAUCAAAUCAUGGUCUUUGUGCAUUCACGGAAAGACACCGUUUUGACCGCUCGAAUGCUGCGGCAAAUGGCCGUCGAGAAUGGCUGCGAAGACCUCUUCAGCUGCCAUGAACACGAGAACUACUCCAACGCCCUCAGAGAUAUGAAGCAUGCGCGGGCCCGUGAGUUGAGGGACUUGUUCGCCGGCGGAUUUGGUACUCACCAUGCCGGAAUGACUCGAAGUGACCGCAACCUGAUGGAGCGCAUGUUCUCCGAGGGCCUGAUCAAGGUGCUCUGCUGUACUGCCACUCUUGCCUGGGGUGUCAACCUUCCCGCCGCUGCAGUCGUGAUCAAAGGCACUCAGCUGUAUAAUCCUCAGGAAGGUAAAUUUAUCGACCUCGGUAUCCUUGAUGUCCUGCAGAUCUUCGGACGUGCUGGACGUCCUCAAUUCCAGGAUACUGGUAUCGGCUUCAUCUGUACUACACACGACAAACUGCACCACUACCUGUCUGCAGUGACCUCGCAGCAGCCAAUUGAAUCUCGAUUCUCCAGUCGACUCGUCGACAACCUGAAUGCCGAGAUCUCUCUGGGUACAGUCACCUCUGUUUCCGAGGGGGUACAAUGGCUCGGUUACUCGUAUCUUUUUGUCCGCAUGUUGCGCGAGCCGCGCAAUUACGGCAUCGAUUUUGCCGAGAUACGCGAUGACCCCAUGUUGGUGCAGAGACGGCGGCAACUGAUCAUUCAAGCUGCACGCGUCUUGCAAAAGAGUCAGAUGAUCAUAUUCAAUGAGAAAACCGAGGAACUGCGGGCAAAGGACGUCGGUCGUAUUGCGAGUCAGUAUUACGUUUUGCAAACCAGUAUUGAGAUCUUCAACGAGAUGAUGCGCCCUCGUUCUGGUGAGGCAGAUGUCCUGAGGAUGAUCAGUAUGAGUGGCGAAUUUGACAACAUUCAAGCUCGGGAAAAUGAGUCGAAAGAGCUAGACCGGCUUCGUGACGAAGCUAUACAGACAGAAGUCGAAGGUGGCAACGAUUCUCCCCACACGAAGACCAAUAUUCUUCUGCAAUCGUACAUCUCCCGCGCAAAUCUCGAGGACUUUGCUCUGGUUUCCGACAUGGGCUACGUAGCGCAGAAUGCUGCUCGUAUCUGCCGUGCUCUCUUCAUGAUUGCGUUGAACCGCAGGUGGGGUUAUCAAUGCCAGGUAAUUCUGUCGCUCUGCAAGUCUAUUGAGAAACAGAUCUGGCCUUUUGAUCACCCAUUCCAUCAGUUUGAUCUCCCACAACCGAUCCUCAAGAAUCUGGAUGAGAAGCUGCCCUCUUCAUCACUAGAGUCAAUGAGGGAAAUGGACGUUGCCGAAAUCGGCCAGCUCGUUCAUAACCAGCGCAUGGGAAAGACGCUGUCCAAAUUACUGGACAAUUUCCCUACUCUCAGCGUGGAGGCCGAGAUUGCUCCUCUGAAUCGUGACGUCUUGCGAAUCCGGCUGAGCCUGUAUCCCGAGUUCACUUGGAACGACAGGCACCAUGGAGCCUCGGAAUCAUACUGGAUCUGGGUCGAAAACUCGGAAACCUCGGAGAUCUACCACCACGAAUAUUUCAUUCUCAGCCGGAAGAAGUUGUAUGACGAACAUGAGCUCAACUUUACCAUUCCGCUCUCAGACCCUUUACCGAGCCAGAUCUACGUUCGUGCAAUCUCUGAUCGCUGGUUGGGUGCGGAGACAGUGACACCGGUCUCAUUUCAGCAUUUGAUCCGCCCAGACACGGAAAGCGUGUAUACGGACCUCCUUAAUCUACAGCCGCUACCUAUCUCUGCCCUUAAAAACCCCAUUCUGGAAGAGCUUUACGGUCAACGGUUCCAGUUCUUCAACCCAAUGCAGACACAGAUCUUCCAUCUGCUGUACCAUACUUCAGCUAAUGUCCUCCUCGGUUCUCCAACUGGAAGUGGAAAGACAGUGGCCUGUGAGCUGGCAAUGUGGUGGGCUUUCAGGGAGAAACCAGGCUCAAAGGUUGUGUAUAUUGCUCCGAUGAAAGCUCUCGUCCGCGAGCGAGUCCUGGACUGGGGCAAGCGUCUCGCCGCACCGAUGGGUCUUAAGUUGGUCGAGUUGACAGGUGACAACACUCCUGAUACGAGAACCAUCCGGGACGCGGAUAUCAUUAUUACGACUCCUGAGAAAUGGGACGGUAUCUCUCGUAGUUGGCAGACCAGAGAUUAUGUGCGGAAAGUGAGCUUGGUAAUCAUCGACGAAAUUCACCUACUAGGCGGUGAUCGAGGCCCAAUUCUGGAGAUUAUCGUGUCCCGUAUGAACUAUAUUGCAUCGCAAUCCAAGGGUUCUGUUCGGCUGAUGGGUAUGUCUACGGCUUGCGCAAAUGCCACUGACCUGGCCAACUGGUUGGGCGUCAAAGAGGGACUGUUCAAUUUCCGACACUCUGUGCGUCCAGUACCCUUGGAGAUCUAUAUUGAUGGAUUCCCCGAGCAACGUGGAUUCUGCCCGCUCAUGCAGUCUAUGAACCGUCCUACGUUCCUUGCGAUCAAGAGCCACUCUCCAGAGAAACCUGUGAUCGUCUUCGUUGCGUCCCGAAGACAAACUCGACUGACUGCAAAAGACCUGAUAAACUACUGCGGCAUGGAAGACAAUCCGCGUCGCUUUGUGCGUAUGUCGGAGGAGGAUCUGCAGCUCAAUCUCACGAGAGUCAAAGACGAAGCGCUCCGCGAGGCACUCAGUUUCGGUAUCGGCUUGCACCAUGCCGGUCUAGUCGAGUCUGACCGACAACUGGCGGAGGAACUCUUCGCGAACAACAAAAUUCAGAUUCUCGUGGCAACGAGUACUCUCGCAUGGGGCGUCAACCUUCCGGCCCAUCUUGUGGUGGUCAAAGGCACGCAGUACUUCGACGCCAAAAUUGAAGGUUACAGAGACAUGGACUUGACCGACGUUCUGCAAAUGCUGGGCCGUGCUGGACGUCCGCAGUUCGAUUCGUCCGGUAUUGCACGCAUCUUUACCCAAGAGUCGAAGAAAGCUUUCUAUAAGCAUUUCCUGCAUACAGGCUUCCCGGUCGAGUCUACACUGCACAAGGUUCUGGACAAUCAUUUGGGAGCCGAAAUUUCCGCCGGCACAAUCGCAACGAAGCAAGACGCUCUGGACUACUUGACAUGGACAUUUUUCUUCCGCAGACUGCACAAGAACCCUUCGUAUUAUGGGCUUGAGAUUUCGGCGGAGGAACAUAAUACGAUGGCUGCUCAAGCAAUAGCUCAAGACUUCAUGAUUGACUUGGUCGACAAGUCUCUAAGCGAGCUGGCAGAGUCAUCUUGUGUUGUGUUCGAUUCGGCAACUGGCGAGGUCGACUCAACGCCGUUCGGCAAGAUCAUGAGUUACUACUAUCUCUCGCACAAGACUGUCCGGUAUCUGAUGUCGCAUGCGAAGCCUAAUCCCACGUUCCAUGAUGUCCUUAGCUGGAUGUGUUCCGCCACGGAGUUCGACGAGCUGCCUGUCAGACACAACGAGGAUCUCAUUAACGCCGAGUUAGCUCGCAAUCUGCCCUUGUCGGUUGAGUCCAUGGGAGACCUGCCGCUGUGGGAUCCACACGUCAAGGCAUUCCUGCUUUUGCAGGCGUACAUGUCGCGAAUCGAUCUUCCGAUUUCCGAUUACGUCGGUGACCAGACAUCCGUCCUGGACCAAGGCAUCCGUAUCAUCCAAGCCUCUAUCGACAUCAUGGCCGAACUGGGCUAUAUCCGCGCCUGCGAGACGCUCGUGAGCCUGCUCCAGAGCAUCAAGUCCGCAAGAUGGCCUGAGGACAACGCACUCUCGAUUCUUCCCGGCAUCGAGCCCACAACCAAGCUGCAGGGCCUCCCAGGCUCCCUCGUUGCGCUCUCGUCCCUCCCCACAGCCUCCGUCUCCAGUCUUGUCCGCAAACUACAACUUCCUGCACAAUUCAACAAGGCCGCCUCGUAUCUACCACAGGUCUCCGUGUCCGUCGCCAAUGUCUCCUCGACCGGUAUCACUGUAUCUCUGAGUCGUCGCAACCCGCCCGCAAACCCCGAACACAGAGUCUACGCCCCUCGCUUCCCCAAGCCCCAAACGGAGGGAUACUUCCUGAUCGUCUGCAGCGCCUCCGCAGACGGCAAGGACGGCGAGUUGCUUGCUUUGAAGCGCGUGUCCUGGCCAGUAAAAAACAAGAAUCAGGGCUCCAAUUCCGGCUCUGGCUCCAGCCAGAAUUCCUCCGGCAGGAAUAACCAUCGGAAUGGCCCGCUCACUGUGCGGUCGUCUGUCAAGUUCCCGCAGGAUUUCCUGGCGCAGUAUACCAGUGCCACCGGGAAGGGUGUGAAUGUCAAGGUUAUCAGCGAUACCUAUCCGGGGAUGCAGUGGGUGGUAUCGAAUGUGGAGGUGGAGUCGAAGCCUGAGACGCAGAGUUUGCCUGAGUCGUCGAAUUAUCCCGAAAAGGCGUAG